AUGAAAGAAGAUAAUUACAUUCUAAUUUUAAUAAUUAGGCAUUUUAGAAGUCUAGGUCUGGAGUGUGGACUUCAUGCCACUGACCUGAAGAGCCCAAAGGAUGCUCUGCUGCUGGGAUUCUUCUCUCAGAUUGCUGGAGGGAGAGAGAGCCGGGUGGUCACAGUGGGGGAACAUCACCUCCAGCGGGCAGACAGGCAGGAGCAGAGCAUCCCUGUCUCAUGUGUCAUCAUCCACCCCAUGUUCAACCGGAUGCAUUACAUGGAUUGCGACAUGGCCCUGCUGCACCUGCAGCACCCAGCCCAGUACAGGGAUGAGGUCCAGCCCAUCCACCUUCCCCACAGGGAUGAAGACUUCCAGGCUGGGAUGCUGGACCCCCACGAGAUGGAGCUGCCCCUUGCCAACGGCCAGACCCGCAGCACACUGCUGAGGGGCAUGAACCAGCUGCUGGAGUGGGGCUCCAUGCUGUGUCUUGGCUUUCCUGAGGGUGGAAGGGAUGCAUGCAAGGGUGACUCUGGGGGCCCCCUUGCAUGUCUGAGGAUGGGCAGCACCAGGACUCUGGCCGGUGUGGUGUCCAGGGGGGUCGGUUGUGCCAGAGGAUGGGAUACCCUCAAGGGAAGCACCACGGCCUGGGGUGGAUCUCCAGGCAUCUUCUCCUGGGUGGCUGCAUUUGUGGACUUCAUUGCCCAGCACGUGGCACCAGUGCCAGAGGACAAAAUCAUCUUGAUACGCUUCACCAAAUUAGACGUAGAGUACCAAGUUGGAUGUGACUGUGGCUACGUGUCCCUCUAUUCGAAUGGAAGAGAGCUGAUCAGUAAAUCCUGCAGGAAUGGAUUCCCAGCCCCUCUGCUGGCAGAGUCGGACAAGACCACCAUUACGUUUGUUUCUGAUGGGAGCAACGCUGGCCGUGGCUUCCAGCUCACUUUUGUGGCUGUUCAUAAGGCCCCUGAAACAGGUUUGGGCUGCGGGAGCGUCACAAUGUUAGUGGAAGAGGGGAAGAUUGAUGCUGCUAAUUACCCUGGCUUGUAUCCCAGGAACACAGAGUGCCACUGGCUCAUUGAGGCUCCAGCAGAGUAUGUUGUAAAGUGCUGUCUUGAAGGCACCUGUGGCCUUCCCCCAGUUACUCCCUGGUGGCUGUUCAAGUGUAUUACUCGGGCUGAGGAGGCUUGUCCUCACUGUUGGCCAUGGCACACUGCCCUGAAGCUCCUUGGAGACUACCGCUAUGAUGGGGCUGUUGUGAGAGAGGUGAAAACCAUCACAGUGCAUCCCCACUUCGACAUGCUGAGCUGUGACUCCGACAUUGCCCUGGUGCACCUAGACGUCCCCCUGGAGUACACGCUGCUGAGGCCAGCGCGCCUGCCCAGCAGCACAGAGAUGUUAUCUUCAUCUUCCCUCUGCACUCUGUCUGGAUGGAGGGUCAUCGAAGAAGAUGGGAACUGAGCGAAGCAGUUGCAGCAGACAUGAGUGCCUGUACUUGAGAAUGAAAUUUGUGAGAGGAGUUACUGCUUCAGCCACCCUGGAGGGAUGACAGCCAGGAUGCUUUGUGCUGGCUUUGUUUCUGCGGGAGGCCGGGACUCCCGUCAGAGCACUGUUCAAGAACUAACUAAUCUCCUUGAAAUCAUGAGGCAAGCAGGAUACGUGGGAAGCACAGAGUGCUCUUGGAUACUCUGACUAUCUCUGAAGGGCAUGGCAAAGAUUAUAGUAAAGCAUCUGCCAAUAACAUCAUCACUGAACAGCCAAGAGGGGUUUCUUGGCAUUUAUGAAGUGAGCCACUGCCACUGGAGAAUUGUAGCCCCAUUAAAAUCCAUUAUUUGACUUGAAGUCCUGGACUUCUGGUCUGAAAGAAAUCUGUCUAAUUGUCAUGGCCAACUGAUGGCGUACGAAGGAUUUGGACUAACCAGAGUUAACGGGUGA